GAUGUUUGUGUUUUUCAGGCACUUCCACCUCCAGCCCAUCCAUGAGCCAGACUUCCUUUUUUUAAGAAAUGGAUGACAAGGCCUCGGUGGGCAAAAUCAGUGUGUCUUCAGACUCAGUAUCGACUCUCAACAGUGAAGAUUUUGUCUUGAUUUCCAGGCAGGGAGACGAAACACCUUCCACCAAUAAUGGUAGCGAUGAUGAAAAGACAGGACUGAAGAUCAUAGGAAAUGGGAGUGAGCAGCAGUUGCAGAAAGAGCUUGAGGAUGUCCUAAUGGAUCCCCCCAUGGAAGACCACAAUGACCGGGAGGAGGGGGAGGAAGAGAGCACCACCCAGGAUGGAGAGGGGGACGAGCUGGUUCUCCUCGAGGCCUCCGCGUCCUCCACCAUUAACCCUGUGUCCGUGACGGGGCCCUCAAAGCCAGAAAUGAGGCUCCCCGUGAAGCCAGCCCAGGGAGAUUCUGAGGAGUCCAGCCCUUUCACCCCGGUGGCCGACGAGGACAGCGUGGUCUUCAGCAAACUCACCUACUUGGGCUGCGCCUCCGUCAAUGCCCCCCGGAGCGAGGUGGAAGCCCUGCGGAUGAUGGCCAUCCUGCGGAGCCAGGGCCAGAUUUCCGUGGACGUGACCCUUUCUGUGCCAAAUGUAUCUGAGGGCACCGUGAGGUUGUUGGAGCCUCCAGCAAACACCGAAAUAGCCAACUAUCCCAUUUACAAGAUCCUGUUCUGCGUGCGAGGUCAUGACGGGACUCCGGAGAGUGACUGUUUUGCUUUCACCGAAAGCCAUUACAACUCCGAGCUCUUCAGAAUUCACGUCUUCCGAUGUGAAAUACAGGAAGCCGUGAGCCGGAUCCUGUACAGUUUUGCCACAGCUUUCCGCCGUUCUGCCAAACAAGCCCCGCUCGCAGCCCCUGUUACUCCGGAGAUGCCAGACAGCGACAUCUUCACUUUUUCGGUGUCUCUGGAAAUAAAGGAGGAUGACGGGAAAGGCUAUUUCAGUGCCGUUCCAAAAGACAAAGACAGGCAAUGCUUCAAGUUACGGCAAGGAAUCGACAAGAAGAUUGUCAUCUAUGUGCAACAGACCACCAACAAAGAACUGGCCAUUGAGAGAUGUUUCGGCCUUCUCCUCAGUCCGGGGAAAGAUGUGCAGAGUGGAGAUAUGCAUUUGCUGGAUCUGGAGUCUAUGGGCAAAAGCUCUGAUGGGAAAUCUUACGUCAUCACCGGGAGCUGGAACACGAAGUCUCCGCACUUCCAAAUCGUCAACGAGGAAACGCCAAAAGACAAGGUGCUCUUCCUGACCACAGCUGUGGAUUUGGUGAUCACGGAGGUGCAAGAGCCAGUCCGCUUCCUCUUGGAGACCAAAGUCCGAGUGUGCCCUCCUAAUGAGAGGCUGUACUGGCCUUUCAGCAAGAGAAGCUCCACCGAAAACUUCUUCCUGAAACUGAAGCAGAUCAAGCAAAAGGACCGAAAGAACAGCACAGACACCCUCUAUGAAGUCGUGUGUCUGGAGAGCGAAUCUGAAAGGGAGAGGAGGAAAACCACUGCCAGCCCAGCCCUCCGCCUCCCGCAGUCCGGGUCCCAAGGCUCUAUGAUCCCGUCCCCCCCUGAGGAUGAUGAAGAGGAAGAUAACGAUGAACCUCUUCUGAGUGGCUCAGGAGAUGUUUCUAAAGAGUGUGCGGAAAAGAUCCUGGAGACGUGGGGAGACCUCCUCUCCAAGUGGCACUUGAAUCUGAGCGUGCGGCCCAAAGCCUUGUCCGCGUUGGUAAGAAGCGGUGUUCCGGAAGCUCUCAGAGGAGAGGUUUGGCAGCUUCUGGCAGGAUGUCACAACAACGACCAUCUAGUGGAAAAGUAUCGGAUUCUCAUCACAAAGGAGUCUCCCCAGGACAGCGCCAUCACCCGCGACAUCAACCGAACGUUCCCUGCCCACGAUUACUUCAAGGAUACCGGGGGAGACGGCCAGGACUCCUUGUAUAAAAUAUGCAAGGCCUAUUCUGUCUACGACGAAGAGAUCGGCUAUUGCCAAGGGCAGUCUUUCCUGGCUGCUGUGCUGCUUCUACACAUGCCUGAAGAACAGGCCUUCAGUGUUCUGGUCAAAAUCAUGUUCGACUAUGGACUCAGGGAACUUUUCAAACAGAAUUUUGAGGACUUGCACUGCAAGUUUUAUCAGCUGGAACGCCUCAUGCAGGAGUACAUUCCUGACCUCUACAACCACUUCCUAGAUAUCAGUUUAGAAGCUCACAUGUAUGCCUCCCAGUGGUUCCUCACCCUUUUUACAGCUAAAUUUCCUCUCUACAUGGUCUUCCACAUCAUCGACCUGCUGUUGUGCGAGGGCAUCAGUGUUAUUUUUAACGUUGCACUUGGAUUGUUAAAAACAACCAAGGAUGACUUGCUGCUGACAGACUUUGAGGGGGCUUUAAAAUUCUUCCGGGUGCAGCUGCCUAAGAGAUACCGCUCGGAGGAGAACGCUAAGAAACUGAUGGAGCUGGCGUGCAGCAUGAAGAUUAGCCAAAAGAAGUUGAAGAAAUAUGAGCGAGAAUAUCACACGAUGCGGGAGCAACAGGCUCAGCAGGAGGACCCCAUAGAAAGGUUUGAGCGAGAAAACCGGCGCUUGCAGGAAGCAAACAUGAGGCUGGAACAGGAGAAUGACGACCUGGCCCACGAGCUGGUUACCAGCAAGAUCGCCCUGCGGAAGGACUUGGACAACGCAGAGGAAAAAGCUGACGCUCUGAACAAGGAGCUGCUGAUGACCAAGCAGAAGCUGAUAGAUGCCGAGGAUGAAAAAAGAAGGCUAGAGGAGGAAUCAGCUCAGCUGAAGGAGAUGUGCCGCCGGGAACUGGACAAGGCCGAGUCGGAGAUUAAGAAGAACAGCUCUAUCAUUGGAGACUAUAAGCAGAUCUGUUCCCAACUGAGCGAGAGGCUGGAGAAGCAGCAGGUGGCCAAUAAAGCUGAUAUCGAGAAAAUGCGGCAAAAAGUCGACGACUGCGAGCAUUGCCGGGAGUUUUUCAACAAAGAAGGGCGGGUGAAGGUGGCCGGCAUCGCCAGGGAGGGCUCCGAUGAAGACACCGACGAGGAGAAGGAAGUGCUGAAGAACCAGCUGCGAGAAAUGGAGCUGGAACUGGCCCAAACCAAGCUGCAGCUGGUGGAGGCCGAAUGCAAAAUCCAGGACCUUGAGCACGAUUUAGGGCAGGCGCUGAACGAGGUGCAGGCUUCUCGGAAGACUUGGUUCAACCGGACGCUGAGCUCCAUAAAGACAGUGACCGGCGUCCAAGGGAAGGAGACGUGCUGAAGAGCUGGCUGGCCACCUCCUCGGGGGCUCCUGGGGCCCCCCCGGGACACCUUCUGCCUUCCAGAGCCCGCCUCGGCCGGCUGCCCCGCAGGACAGAGGACCAGAGUGUACAUAGGACUCCAGAAACACCCCGCACGGCGGGCUUUUCCGCAGGUCAGCGACCCAAGGUGGACGCGAGGCUUGUAGCGAGACGCGGGAUCUCCAUACUACUGAUUAUUUAACCAGAGGGCGUAGCUGUAGUCCAAUGCUUUUUCCCCCCAGAGAAGAACAAUAUCCACUCCAUUCUGCAGUCCGUUUGGAGGCACUUUGCAGGCCUAGGUACGAAAAAUUUACCAAAAUCUCUAACUUAUUGAGUUUACAAACGAGCGUUUUAUUUUUGUUUUUUUUUUACAGUUACAACUUUUUAAAAGAUUUUAUUUGAACAGAAGAAAAGGAAACAAACAAAGAAAAAACCCCUCCACCACUCUUUAACGAAAAGUUAAGGUUAGCGUCAGGGAGUGAAUGGUUUCCCACUCCUUCAGGCAGGGGCUUGCAUGGUUCUCUUUCGGAAACGGGACUCACCCCCUCCCAGAUGUUUGUGCGUUCCCACCCUUGUCUCUCUCUCUCUCUCUCUCUGUGUCCGUCCCAGUGCUUAGUUCUCUGUCACUAAUCAAUUCUAUGCAACUUGGCGGGGCGGGGGCUUUUUAAGACAACUCCUUCCGCUGGGGAGCCCUCUUCCUCCUCCACAAAAGCCGAGGAGAAGCACCGUUUCAUCAGGGUCUGUUUUUUACACGUGGCUCGUGCUCGUAAGCUCGGCUCCCGUCGAAGCCAAGACGGCCCGAGCCACCGUUCCUUUGCCCACCGAUUUCGGGAAGGCUCCGCUUUGUCAGGAUUCAGCCCAGCCUCCGUUCUGAAGCAGCAGCUCGGCCCUCGGCACGGGAACCCUUUACUUCUAGUUAGCCUCUCUCUGUUUUGGUCCGCGGUGAGUUUUUCUGCUUGCAGAACGCGUUUGAAAGCAGACGGGAGAAAUGCGAGCGGGAUGGGGGGAGAGAGACGGAGCUUCGUUUUGACUGCGGAGGAUGCUGCUGCUGCUGCUGCUAAACUCACCUUUCUGGGCCGACUCUCCGUUCCUCCUCUUCCCCCCGUCGUCACGCCACGUUUUUCGUAACUACACUAGUAGGGAUUAACGCUACUUAGAUUUCUGAGUGCUUAGAGUAUCCAAACUUCUCAGCAGAAAAGCAGCAGAAUGGAGGGGAGGGGCGGGGCGGGGUUUGCACCUUUUUAAUUUAUACUGGUUUGUUCUAUGCUGA